UAACAGCGGUGCGUGACGGAAGCAGCGCGACAGCAGACUGACUUGGCGCCCAAAUGGACAACGUGUGGGCAGCAGUAUGGCUGACUCUGUUAGCGAACGAAAUUAGCAGCGCACCACCGAUUCGGAAGCCAAACGAAGAAUUCUGUUUCGUGGCGGAACUCAAUACUGGGAGGACAGCCUUCAAUAGCCUGACUCAGAUCAAUCCAAAUUCACCUUGGCAUUGCAAGUACCACUGCCACCAACAGGGCCACAGACAUGCCUCUGUCGAGUAUGGAUACUAUUGUGGCUGCGCAACAUUAGAGGAUUUUAAUGAAAUAUUGGACAACCCAUCCGUGGAUUGUAUCGAGACUUGCCAUGAAAACGACUGCAUGAUAUGUGGAGGCCUAUAUGUAGCUAACUUUUUCACUGUGCCAGAAAAUAUAUCAGUCCCUCCAGACAACGUAUGCGAUUUACCAUCAACAACAACAAUUGGUGUCACCACUGUGACACCAACCUUGCCAUCCACGACCCUCCUUACUAACCUGCUCACCACUAUUCCUAGUACCCUGAAAACAGUCACCACUUCCUUCCCAGUCAAUACCACAAUUCCUGCAUCCACCCCUGACACCAUCACCACCACUACAAUCACCGACCAAAUUACUUCAGACACCAGUCUUCCUACCACUGAUGUCAAUACUAACACAAGCACCACAGUCACUCCCACCUCUACAAUCAGUGAUGUCCUUAACUCUACCACUCAUGUUCCCACAAGCACUCUCGUUCUUGACACUAACACGAUUACAAGUAUUACCCCCACUGCUGCAUCUACAAACUUCACUGACAAGACACCUACAGACUUCACUGCCAGCACGACUCCUAUCAUACUCAGUCCCACAUCCACCAUAAACAGCAAGACCAAUAAUGGUAUUGGCCAUGGUAAUAACAAUAAUAAUACUGAGACUUGGAACGGGAGUGACAACAGCACCUCCAACGGAAAUGAAACACAGGUCACAGCAGGACCAGGUAUGUAUGCUUUAUACGUCACUCUGACAGUUUUGUGA